AUAUAACCAGCUAGUCUAGAAUACGUUUAUAGCAAACGAGCUGAGAACAAGACAGACUAAUCUAAAAGAUCGACAUGUCCACAAUGUUUAGAUCACUUUGCAUCACGGUACUCGUGUUGCUUGCAAUGACAAGCGCCCAGAAUUCGACGGCUGACGGUGGUCAACAGGAGCCGAUUUCGGAAGGUGAAGUAGAGCUAGUCGAGAGCAAAGACAAUGAGUUUGACCAGGGUUUGUUUUCAAGGGUUGACCGGCCUACGGAGCUGCCGUCUCAAGACAGGGUUGCCAGUUUGUAUAACGAGCAGUAUAAAGCUGGCACCAUUGCUACAGUGGAGGAACCGACAUCAGGGUGUCAAGGUGACACAGCGAGGACCGGAAGUGAGGUCACCCAGCUGGCGGAAGUGAACCUGUAUGUGCAGUACUUGCUGUAUCAAGACUGGUACAUGGAUUACAAAAAGUAG